UGGGCCAUACGUCGAUCAGCUAUCCACCGCCUCUGUCGACUCGCAGAGGUAGUCGCUGAAGACCAAGGAAAGACGUCGAAGGUUGAACGAGAUGUUGAAGGAACUGCUGUUGCUGGCGCUCGCGGCGCUAUGCGUGUCGGACGCGAUGCACCUCCCGGGUAAGACCGCCGACAUGGACUUCCUGCACAAGCAGAAGAAGAUCUACGAGCUGCUGUUCUUCGUCAAGCAGAACACCCUCACCGACACCGAGUUCUACGAGAUCGGCCACAACUAUGACAUCGAAAACAACAUCGACAUGUAUAAGGAGAAGACGAUCGUCCAGGAGUUCUUGUACCUGUAUAGACAGGGCAUGCUUCAGCGCAACGCCAUUUUCUCGCCGUACUACGAGGAGCACCGCGAGGAGGUGAAACUGCUCUUCAAGCUCUUCUACUACGCCAAGGACUUCCAGACCUUCUACAAAACCGCCGCCUGGGCGCGUCUCCACCUCAAUGACGGCGUCUUCACGUCUGCCUUCUCCGUCGCGGUCUUCUACCGCCCCGACUGCAAGUACAUGAGGGUGCCGGCUCCCUACGAGAUCUAUCCCAAUAUGUACUUCGGCAGCAACGUCAUCCAGGAGGCUCACCGCAUCAAGAUGACUCGUGGUCUCACCACCACCGGUGUAGACAACUACGACAGCUAUGUGAUCUAUGCCAACUACUCCGGCAACUUUGUCAAGCCUUACUUGGAUGAGGAAUACAAGAUGGACUACUUCAUAGAGGAUCACAGCUUGAACACCUUCUAUUACUAUAUCCGUCAGGUCUUCCCGUUCUGGCUCGAUAUGAAGGAAUUCGAUAUCCCGCAGACUUUCCGCGGCCAGUUCUACUACUACAAGCACCACCAGCUGUACGCUCGUUACUUCUUGGAACGCCUCUCCAACGAUCUCGGCUACGUCGAAGACUUCGACUGGAACAAGGCCUUCUUCCCCGGCUACUAUUCCACCUUGAUGUACAACAACGGAAUCGCCUUGCCGCAACGCCCACGCUACUCUAACGUACCUUUCUACAAGUACAAGUACCUGAAGGAGAUCGAGACCUUGGAGAUGCGCAUCAUGAACGCCAUCGACCUCGGCUACGUGUACGACACGACUGGCAAGAAGAUCAACAUCUACACUCCGGAGGGUCUGAGCAUCCUCGCCAACCUGAUCGAAGGUAACGUGGACUCGUGCAACCGACGCUUCUACGGAAUGUACGACGCGCUCGCCCGCGAUAUCCUCGGCUUCAACUUCGACUACAAGGAGAAGAACAAGGUGAUCCCCAGCGCCCUCCAAUGCUACAGCACCAGCAUGAGAGACCCAGGAUUUUACCGUCUCUACAAGAGGAUCAUGACAUAUUUCUUCAGAUACAAGAAAUACAUGCCGUACUACACUCAAAACGAGCUGAUCUUCCCCGGCGUCAAGUUCGAAUCCGUCAGUGUAGACAAACUGCAGACUUACUUCGAUUACUGCGAUGCCUUUAUCAACAACGCCGUCGACGUAGAAAGCUUCAAGGAUGGAAUGAAGUUGCGCCUGAAGAGCCGCCGUUACUGCCUCAACUACAAGCCGUUCACCUACCACUUCAACAUCAACAGCGACAAGGAGUACAAGGCCGUGCUCAAGAUUUUCCUCGGACCCGCUUUCGACCACAAGGAGAAGGACCUAUCUUACCUCCGCGAAUACUACAAAUACUUCAUCGAGCUGGAUCAUUUCGUCGUGUCGCUGAGACCGGGCUCCAACACCAUUGACCGUCGCAGCUCUGAAUCCUCCUACACCAUGCCCGACAUGACGCCUGCCGAUAUAUACUACAAGAAGCUGGAGAAGGCCGUUGGCGGCAGCGAGCCGUUCACUUACUACGAGAAGCUCUUCGGCUUCCCUGAACGUCUCUACUUACCUAAGGGCAAACCCGAGGGUAUGCGCUACAAGAUGUUCUUCUACCUGAGUCCGUUCGACGAAACCAAGAUCACGAACGUGGAAGUGCCGAUCUUCGGCAAGUACAUGAUGGACGGCAAGCCAUUCGGCUUCCCGCUCGACCGACCGAUGAACCCGUGGAAGUUCUUCACGCCCAACAUGUACUACACGGACGUGUUCAUCUAUCACAACAAGGAGACCGAGAAGACCCUGCACUACUGAGUUACCUGUCGACUUACUCGACACCCUCAUUCAAUCUGGAUAGAACAAUUUAACACAAGUUGUCGUUGCCAUACCACGCCAGUGGUAGCGCGGAUCGCGAAGUUUCUUUGAAUAAACAAUACUGAGAGACUA